AUGCGCCGUUUGAUCCUACAGGGAGCUCGGUGGCAUCAACAUGGCAUCUACACCCGUUGUAUGAACCCAGCCUCCCGCCUAAAGCCGACAAGUUGUCGAUUGCUUUCAUGUUCUUCAAAACUACAAGUGAGAAGGCCGGAGGUGACAAUCCGACACUUCGAACAAUCUUCCCUUGGAUCCGAUGAUCGGAGAGAAAUUGACCCCGAUGCGGACACCAAAGCCGAAGAGGAGUUCCUCAAAUCCAAAAUCGCCGAACUCGAACAGGAGCUUGAAGAGAUAAAGGAAGAACCUUUUGCGCCAGAUAGUCCGUUGAUGAGAAACUUAUCGAAAGAAGAUCGGGCAAAAGCAUUGGACGCGUUGCGCAAGUUUGAAGAGGAGUAUAAUGAUGAGGAUGAUGAGGAUGAGACGGAACUGAACUCAUCGAUGGAUACAAGUGUAGAUGACUUGAUGAACAAGGAGUUUAACAGCCUGAUAGCCCAGGAAAAUGAUCUGUGGGAUCCAACUAUAAAACCUGAGGAGUUGUCCGACGUGCCUAAAGAGUCGUUUGAAGUCGAAUUGACAGUCCCUGAUGCUCAGCAAGCUUUCGUGGCACGAUUCAACAAGACCCUAAAGGCCUUGCGUAAGAAUCCUACCUUUUCACAGAGACAAGAUACAUGGAUAUCGUACAGACGUUGUAAAGAAUCGCUACCAUUUUUCCUCGAUAUUGUUCCCGAAGAUGCUAUACAGAUGCUUUGGCAUUCCCAGAUACCCCAGUCGACUGCAGAACGUUCUCGUCGUUUACACUGGGAAGCACUGGCAGAAGAUAUAUUAGCAAGCGGCAAAGGGCUGAACACAGGCCAAUGGCUACAAUACCUUGAACUAUUGUGCCAAGGUGGGAAGUUUGAAAAAGGCAUUCCACUUUGGGAGGAAAGAGCAGAAGAUUUGAGAAGUUAUACCCCCGAGGAGCUCGAGAAAUAUCUAACAGUAGGCGUGCAGCUUCAUGUUGCAGCUGACCGUCCACAACGAGCUCAAGAUAUUGCAAAUGCUUUCCUUGCCGCAAACACGACCCGCGAUGCCCGGAUAUUAAUACCUGUUUUAUCAUCGUGGGCCCGUAAGCCUACCGAAGAAGCCAAGGAAAUUGCCUGGGUCCUCUACCUUCAAGUUAAGACCAUGCUCGGCUCGGAUAUCACUAUGGAAGAUUAUGAUUCAAUCAGCCUUGGCCUAUUAAAUGCUGGUCAGACCUACCUAGCUCUUGCUGUCUUUAAGGAUAUGAUGGUUACUGGGCAAAAUUCGUCCUGCGACUCAACGGAUAUUUUCAAAGCUUCUCUUGGCAUUUAUGAUGGCCUUCAUGCCUCCAGUAUUAACGCAUCAGAUGUGAAUAAAGUAUCCCUGGCAGCCUUGACCAUCCUCCCUCGCAAAUUUCAGAAUAAAUUCUUCUAUGCUAGCUGGAUGAAAAAGCUGAUUGGACUGGGUGAAGUCGACGGAGCUGCGUCCGUUGCGGAGUUAAUGUACGAACGCGGCGUUCGACCCGACGCCAAGCAUUUGAAUGGUAUUGCUGGCGCCUGGCUACGUCAAGGUAGCCCUUCAGCAAAAGAAAAGGCAGAAAAACUUGGGUGGUCAAUGGUCCAAGAACGAAUAAACCGUGUUUCUCAGAAUAAAUCCAAUAAACCGUCAAUCUACGAGGCGAAGAAGAGCGUGAAUAUUCCAAAACACUUGCAGCGAGCCGUACCUGCCGCAAAUAUCGAGACCUUUUCGAUCCUAUUGUUAUAUUAUACCAGACAGGGCCAAGACGACAUGAUUGAUCACCUCCAGAAUUGCCUUGAGAUAGCCCAACUAAGACCGAAUGUCUUUUUCAUGAACCACCUCCUUUAUAGAGAGCUUCGACGGCAGAAUAUAUUAGGUGUAUGGACAAAGUAUAAGGAGAUGACGAUCGAUAUGAAGCCGGAUUUAGAAACCUUUGCUUGUCUCUAUGAUACCGGUAAAAUUCAAUUUGACCGUACUAGGUAUCACUUUGAUGCAAAUUUCCCGACUGUCCGCUUCCUAUAUAAAGAAAUGAUGCAAUGGUACAUAAGAUUAACUCCUCGUCAGCAAAAUAAAACAAGAUGUGAAUUCUCAAAAGAACUAUACGACCAAAUCAUCCGCUGCUUCUGCUUGUCUUUAGACCCCCAAGGCGCCUUGGUGGCGCUUCGGUCGAUGAGGCAAAUAUUUGGUUUCUCUCCCGACUCGGAUACCACGCGAAUUCUCACAUUUCUCCUCGUUCGUCUUGCACCAGCUCCUCCAGGUAUCCCCAAGCCCCGUCGUCGCCGCAUUUCGGCUACGCCACGGGCCAGGGAGAAUUUUGAAUCUAUAUCUAGACUUUUAUCUGUGGUACAAGACUGGAAAACAGCAGGCCUUCCCGGGUGUGAUAUAAACGAUUUGGAUGAGGAGGACCAGAAAACCUUCCAGAUGGAACUGAUGUGUGACCUUUUACGUAUUGUCAUGCGGCAGAUCCGAGGCAAUGCGAACAAGGUAGAGUCAAGUAUUCAGCAGGCUGCUGAAGAGAUGAAUGUUGGCGAGCUUGAUGUAGGCUUGCCGCCGGAUCUAGAGUUCUAG